UGUGAAUGAGCUCGCGGUAAAGGCAGUAAAAGUUUAGGAAAAGGGGAAAUAAGGAAAUAAAACAGUGACAGCAAAAGAGAUUCGCAUAUUUUGCUUACCCCUCCCGAGGAAACACAAGUUCUCACGUUGGUUUAUGGAGCUGAUUUUGCUGGAACAGCAACACAUAUGAAAACCAUCAGUCAAGUCUCUCACCAUCUUUCGGAGGUUUUCUUUAGGUUUAUUUUCUGUGGCCGCAGGGUUGGCUGGACCAGUUUAAGUGGGAAUCCACAAUGGCAUCUCCUACAGAAGAUCUCUGGAACACCUUAAUGGACCUGACGGACGAGGACUUCAAACGUUUCAAGUGGUUUCUAAAGGAGAGUGACGCCAACAGCGGUUUCUCAGCCAUCCCUGUUGCCCAGCUGGAGCGGGCCGACCGGCAAGACACCGUAGAUCUGAUGGUGCAGAAAUACAGCUGCUCUGGAGCGCUGCUGAAAUCCACCAGAAUAUUAGAAAAGAUCAACAGGAACGAUCUGGCCCAGCGUUUAACAAACAUUACCUCUAGAGAGAGAGAGUGCCAGGACCGUGACAAUUUCAGAUAUGAGACAAACAAGGCCAAAGUGGCAGAGAUAAAAGCUCAAAUUAAGCUCAUGAUACAGGAGAGACGGAUAAAGAUCUGUGAAAUCCAGCGUUCGGCGGGGAUAAGCAGGAGAUCUGCAGACCGGCAGACAGCAGACAGUGUGCGAGUCUUUGCUGUUUUGCAACAGUCUGUUGAGAGAAGUUUGGCCAAUCUCAUCGAGGAGAUGGAGAAAAAGCAGAAAACGACACAGAAACAGGCAGACGAUGUGGUCCAAAUGCUGAAGCAAGACAUUUCUGAGCUGACCAAGAGAGAAGCCGAGUUGGAGCACCUACAUAAACCACAUGACGACUUAUUUUUCCAAAACCUCUCCUACACCACAAAGAAUUGGUCAGAAACCAGUAUUCCUCAGCCAUCAUAUGGAAGUAGUGUUAUGAUCAUUGUGGAUGAACUGAGGAAAAAAGUGGAGGAAGAGACGGAGAUGCUCCUCACUAAGGCCAAGCUGAACAGGAUACAGCAGUUUGCCGUGGAUGUGACUCUGGAUCCUGAUACGGCACAUGCCAGUCUCAUUUUGUCUGACAAUCGGAAACAAGUUCACUGCGGUGAUAAACAACAAAAUCUCCCAGACAAUCCAGGGAGAUUUAACUCUGCUGCCAAUGUGUUGGGAAAGCAGAGUUUCUCCUCUGGAAAAUUCUAUUUUGAGGUUCAAGUGAAAGGAAAAACUGGCUGGGAUUUAGGUGUCGUGAAAGAGUCGAUCGACAGGAAAGGGUCGAUCACAGCGAGCCCUGAGAGCGGUCACUGGACGAUUUGUUUGAGAAAGGGCGAUAAGUACAAGGCGCAUGCUCUCAAUCUCAGUGUAAACACUCCACCGAGUAAAGUGGGCGUGUUUGUCGAUUAUGAAAAAGGAUCCGUUUUUUUCUACAACACAGAUUCUGCAGAAGUCAUUCAUCGCUUUACUAACUGCUCCUUUAGAGAGAAACUCUACCCAUUUUUCAGUCCCAGUGUUCCCUAUAAUGGCCUUAACUCCACCCCACUUAUCAUAUGUCCUGUUGCUUAUACUGAUUAAGUUUGGCCAAUAGAUCCUGCUAUUUAAUAAGCUUAAAUUAAGGCAAUCAGAAACAAACUGCAGUCAAAUAAUCAGGUGAUCAUAUAUUUUAUGUGUAAGAGUUGGGGCAAGGCUUCUGGAUUCAUACUAGCACAGUACCGCUUUGGCCUCCAGAUGGUGCCAUUUCCUUUCAUUACUUUAAUGUAUACAAACUGCACAAUAAAGAAACCUUGUGAGAAAACUGAGCACAGUGCAUGAUAUAACUGGUUAUCAGCCACUGAUAAUGUGUGGCACUGUAUUAAAGAGACUAAUGACACAAUGUAAAACAGGAAUUUAACACUUUCUUUUAGAGAUACUCUAAUUUAACAGCCUCUUUUCUUCAUUGUACAAAUAUACUAUGUAUUAUUAAGUGACAUUUAAGUGCAUACUAAAGCAUUAGUUUGCGUAUUUACAGCUUUCUACUGUACUUAAAUCAAAACAGUAAAUUGAUUCUUCCAUUGACAACAGGUAAUGCUACAAUUGACUACCGACCAGUGGUGGUUGGCCAAUAGAGGGUGCUAAAAAAUAAAAUAAAAUACUCUGAAAUAUGUUUACAUAUUUUUAGCAAUGAGUAAGAAUUCAAUUCGAUUCAAUUCAGUUUAUUUGGGAAGGGACAGUGUACAUUCAUAUACAUUUAGAAUUAAAAAUGCAAAUGCACCCAAUUUUAGCUAGAGAGCUAGUUUCCAUUGGCAGUCCCCCGGCUAAAAAUAUAGAAGAGACAAGUUAAACAAAGUUAAAGGAGCUUGAGGCCGGAUUGUGGCAAGAUUUAUGAAAGAAAUCCGUAUACGUUUUAAGUUUUCUAGUAAUAAUGUCAGAUGAAGCGUUCCAAACCCAAAAGAAUGAGCCCUCUAGUGUAUCUCUCCUUUGCCUUGAACAGGCUGUGUGCUGCAAAAUGUGUUGCAAUUCGGGCCCAAAUUUCCCGCGCUGGGCUGCGGAUGUGACGUCACAUGACGCUGCAUCCGCGUUCUCCCCGUUCUCCCGUGCCGGCUUCACUGUUGGCUGCAGUACCCCCGACGGCCGUCGUGGUGAAGGGUGGCGCUAGAGAGUCUCAUUUCUUAAAAGAAGCCUCAUGCUCCUUUAAACACAUAAAAUCAUUUGUUUUUAUAUAUCAAAUCAUAUAUAUUGUAAAGCUGACUUAUACCCAUCUCCAUAUUCGAUUAAAUGGAUGCAUUCAUGUUUUAGGUCCGGUUCUCCUUCUCCCAGCAGUACAACAGCCCUGAAGCAGCACUGAACACCACCAUGGAGGUUUAUCCUCUGCUGAACAAGUUGAAAAGUGAACUGGCCCUCAUCUGCAGCAAUGAUGAGUUCUGUGGCUCUGCAGCAGCUCUUCAUGGGGAAUAAUCUUCAGGACAGCUUCUCAGAGACUGUGGUUCUGCUUAAGGUCAUCAUCACAACUCCUGACUACAGCUGAAUCUGAGAGCUGAAGAGAAUCAAGACCUUCCUCUGGAACACAAUGGUUGAGGUAAGUCGUCAACAGGGACGUUUUUACAUGAGCUGUGUUACAUGAAGGCCCACUUGAAACACGGGACAGUGUGAGUCACUUCUUGACCAACAGGGAAUGACAGCGCUGUGGAAGCAAACAGUCUGGCGCAGAGCGAGUGUACAGGCUGGACCUUAAAAGGAGCUCCUGUGAUGAGGCUGACGGGCAGCAGGUGUGGCUGCAGGAGAAGUCAUUCAUCGCUUUACUGACUGCUCCUGUACACAGAAACUCUAUCCAGGGCUCCAUCCUUGAGGAAGGAUUCCAGGCCUGCCCAGACAACCUACAUAUACGAUGGAAAAACACACGACCAGCGCAGGAUCAUGACACAUGUCAAGUAUUGUUCAA